GUGAACCAUACACAGAAACUAUAGCAGUACUCACGAGGGAAACAGAAAAUCUUUAGACCCCAUCAGCGCACGGACGUCAGAGGAAUUUUCCAUAGAUGCGCUAUUUUCUGGAGGACUGAUUAGCUAGUGGGCGGUGAUUUCAUAGCUAUUAGCCUUUUAACUUGAACAUACACUGCCCCGGAGGAAGUUGGAUUCCCAGCAAAAGUUACAGUGGUCAGUGGUAAUGUAAGAAGUGAAUGGCUUUAUGAUGCUUAGCAGUGCAGGCUUCUGAUCAUCAAGACGGAUCACUGAUUGUUUAAUUGACAGACGGAAGAUGAAGACAUCCGGUAUCUUGAGCUGCUGAGGACACAUAACUGAAUUUGGAGCAUCAGAGGGACGGGAAGAAUCCCGAUACACGACGCAUAUAAAGAUGUCUCAAGAAAAUGAUGGAGAUGACCAACAGUAACUCAACCAACAACUCUUGCAUUCACAUCAGUACAACUACUCCUGAGAUUAGAAAGUCUCUCAUCACUGUGUCUAUCAUUUUUCACUUCCUGAUAUUUCUCCUUGGUGUGCUUGGGAAUGGACUGGUUAUCUGGGUGACCGGGUUCAAGAUGAAGAAAACAGUAAACACAGUUUGGUAUCUCAACCUUGCUGUGGCCGACUUCAUCUUUGUAGCAUUUCUACCCCUCAAUGUAAUAAACCUUGCUUUAGACUUCCACUGGCCUUUUGGCAACUUCAUGUGCAAGCUCAACACCAUGGUACUUAUUCUGAACAUGUUUGCCAGUGUCUACAUUCUGGUGGUGAUCAGUACAGACAGAUGUGUGUCUGUAGUGUGGCCCGUCUGGGCUCAGAACAACCGAAAUGUACGUAAGGCCUUGUUUGUGACUCUGGGUGUUUGGGGGGUGGCUUUGAUGAUCGGCUUUCCAUAUUCCAUCAUCAUGGACACAGAGCAAGCGUGUGAGAAUGAAAACAAAACUCUCUGCUUGAACAGCUACGCUAUUUCUGAUGACUAUAAUGCAGAAUCUCCCAAUAUACUGCGACAAUUUCGUUAUCCACCCAUUAUCAUCGCCCGCUUCCUUGUGCUUUUUGCAGUCCCAUUCUCUGUCAUUGUCUCCUGUAACGCUGUAAUAAUCCAUCAUCUCAGAAGAAACCACACACUGGCAAGGAAGUCAGGUCGCCCCUUUAAGAUCAUUGUUGCCAUUAUCAUCACAUUUUUUCUGUGCUGGGCUCCCAUUUACAUUAUGGAUCUAAUUGUGCUGGCGAAAGAAAUGGACACUUCAAGUGGUGUCAUUGGGAUCCCUUUGGCCACCAAUUUGGCCUUUCUCAAUAGCUGCCUGAAUCCACUGCUGUAUGUGUUUGUGGGCAAAGAUUUUAAGAAAGAAGUCUGCAAAUCCAUUCUAGCUGCAAUGGAGACUGCCUUCCAGGAAGAGGAGAAACGCUCUCAGUUAUACUAAGUCAGUUAGCACAAAUACAUUUCAGCUUUGAAAGCUGAUGUGUAAGGUUGUUAAUGACACAAAGAACCAUAAGGAAACAAUAUUACUUCAGAGAAAAUCUUUCUAGACCUGUGUUGUUUGAUAUAUAUAAAAAAAGGUUUAAUAAAUAAUUAUACCCAUUUUGCUGCUCUUAUAAUGUUAAUUUAAUGGAAAUUGCUAAUGUUGUUUGUUUCUUAAGUCAUACAUUAAGUUUGUAUUAAGUUUGUAUCAUUACAGAGCUGAAAGUGAUUGUAAAAUGUCACUUCCUGGAAAAAAAGAGUGAGUCAGUAAUUUCAAAAUAAGUAUUACAUAUGUUUCUGUUUCUGGUUCAUUUUACUGGUUCUUUUAACCUUUAACAAGUAUGAGUUGGUUAAGUGUAAAGUGAAACUUUAAACACUAUCUAUUGAGUAUAACCUGUUUGGUCUGUAUGUUCAUUUACAACAACACCAUGUGAAUAAUUAGAUUUUAUAGUAAUUAUUUAGCAUAACAGCUUAUCUCCUAUUAAUGUUCUGUAUAAGAUCAAUGCUAUUAUGUUAUGUUUAACAAAGCAGCAGCUUUGUAUAAUUAUUUAGUCUUUAGUUUUAUAUAGGCAUAUUCUUAAAUAUAACCUAAAUCAAAAUUCAUGUCCUCAAUUCCCCUCCUCACAUUAAUCUCUUCUUAUAUUUACAUUUAUUAUAAAAUAUUUACUAUUAUAUAGGACAGGGAGGUUGAACCAAGGUUUCUGUGUUCCAAGAUUAACACUAUGGCUGUGCUGUUGGGUACAAUGAGACUAAUACAGUAUGAGGAAUCGUAGGAUUCUAAAGAUAAACAUUUAGUGUCCUAGUUACCAUGGUACUGACUUAGAGUUUAGUCCUCUUUCUUUAGGUGUCUUUUGGGAACAAAAAGAGCAUGUGUUUCCCUCAUCCCAGAGUUAAUCUUUUUACAUUGUAGCCAAGGUUCUUGUGGAAUGGCAGUUAAGUUUGAAAGAGACAUCACCACCAACAUAUGGCUCCCAUGUACACUCAGCAAUGUGCCCAUUACCACGAGAUGUAUUUACAAAUAUAUACACAUCCAAAGUUUGGAACAAGACACUAUAAAGGCCAGAUACUAAGAUCACCUGACACUGGGUUGGAAGCUGCCUAGCUGACAUACCAAGAUACUUAGGUACCAUUAAGGAAUUACAUCAUUCUGAGCCAUCCAAGCCAUAGGUGGUCUUGGAGUCAUGGUCUUUUCUGCACUGCACUGGGAUCAGCAUGUAUUCACUAAAAUGACCCACGGAAACCACUUUCAUGCAGCAGAACCUGAUAAAAGAGGAUGGGUUAGUCCAAGGGGUCGCUGUGUUCAUCUCUAAGAGGGAAGUGAAGCACCAUAAAGACCAGACCCCUUAAUUCUUAAUUUAAUUUGUAAUUCAAAUGAUCUAAAAACUUGCUUAAUUACCAGUAAUUACGCUGUAAUACCAAAGCAUCAAUUCAAAAUUUUAAAGGAAAAAUUUUAAAGGAAAGAAAAAACAUAUUGUACGGUCAGUAAUUUGAUGUACUUAACUUUAGCAUAUUUUAGAGGAAUGGAAAGGGUGUCUUCAUGUUACAUACAGUUAUUUUUUAGUGAAUGUGAUAAUGAUUGGAAAUUUUGUUGUCCCAUAUUUGUCAUGGUCAGUGUCUAUGUGUUUUAGGGUUUCAUCAAUAUUCUUUGAUUUGGUGCCAUUCAUGGUUCUGGUUCUUUUAGUUGUUUUCUGCUUAUGUUAUAUUUAUAGUUUCUAGUCUGUAGUUUUCUGUCACUGUACCUUCCCUGUGUUCCAGGUUUCUCGUUUAGUUACUUUAGUCUCCAUGAUCCAUGUCCCCUUUCUGUCUCCCCAGUCACUUAUGUCCCCGUGUCUGUUUCUUCCCUGGUCACAGUCUAAAGCCUGCGUGUCUUAGUUUUUGUCCUGCUUCCUGUUUUAUUUUGACACUCUCUCAUCCUGUGUUCAUUGUGUUCAGUUUUGCUUCCACUGCCCUGUUAUGUUUAGUUCCUCCUGUGUUCCCCAGCUGCCACGUCUUUUCUGAUCAUCCUGCUGUGUAUUUAUAGUGUAAGUUUCCCUUUGUGUCUCACCUUCAUGUUCCAUGUACGUAGUGUUUUGUUGUUUCCCAGUUUUGGUUUUGCUAGUUUAUUCUAUGUCUCCCUUUUCUUUGAGUUUGUAUUUUAUGCAGCCAAAAAUAAAAGGCUUGCUUUUUGUUCUACUCCGUCUCCACUCUCUCUCCUGUCUACACGGUCUGCCAGUGCAGACCUGACAAUAUUUGGUCAAUUCUUUUGUUAGAGCAAUUGAAAUUAUAAUGAAAUAACAGGAAACACACAGUCAGUAAAGAAACAGAGUCAUUUGUCUUCAACUGUCCCAUGUCACCUUUUCUUUAUGUCUGAUGUCCCAGAAAACUGCAGUCUCAAAUCUGUAACAAACCCAGCUAAUGGUGAAGCUUAUUGAUUUUGAGUCUGUGGUUUAUGGAAUACCUGCAUAAACCACAGGAGUUCCUAUUACAGACUUUCCAAAAUGUCAUUCACACAAUUUCUUAUCCUGAUAAGAGGAAGCCACGUUUUAUUAGACGUUCUGUUCCAUUAUGUUCCAGUUGUUGGUUUUCUUGAGAACUAAUAAUCACCUUUGUAUUGACUGUGUCUCAUUAGGUUUUAGAGAGACCUAAUGUGUCCAUCCACCAUAUAUGCCCUAUGAAAUUCCAAGUUAACUUCUAGUAUUAUAUAUUGAAAUGUUUCACAAAACCUAUAUUGUCAAAAGGAGACAUAUUUGCUUGCUUUCGUUAGUAUUUUGUUUAAUUGAAACUGUAAUUAUUAUCGUUUUGGUUUUGUUCUGUGCUCCAUCUUAAUCAUCACUACACAUUUAAGACU